AUGGAUUCGAAAGGUCAUGAAGCUUCAAAAUUAUAUCCGAAAACCCACUUUGCUAAAUAUGUUCAAUCUCACCAGCCUCUUAUGGAUGAAGUUCUUCAACUGUUGGAGAAGACAAAGGCAAGUUUAGAUGAUGCUCAUUCAUUCGCUUUGCAAAUUAGUGAUUUGGCGGAGUUUCUUAAGGUGUAUGUGUCCGAUUCGGACGUUGAAGACGAUCAAUAUUCUACAAGAGUGACGGCGCAAACAGAAGUUCAAACUAAGGUUAAUGCAGUUGGAACUAGUUUUUCAAAAUUUAAAAGUGCAACAAAGGUUGAUGAGAAGCUUGUUGUUGGGGAAGCAAUAUCUAACCCGAAUGAUCAAGUUGUGCACGAGAUGCUAAAGAUUUUUGUGCCACAGUUGUUUACUGAAAAUCAGUUCAAUGUGCUUUCAGUUUUCGAA